CCGGGAUGCGCGAUCAGCAGAUGCUGAGGCGAGAGGCAGAGCGGGAGGGGGAUCCGCCUCACAGCGCUGCCGGUCCGGGUCGGAGCGCACACGGUUCUCGUCCAGGCCGGACUCGGGGCAGCGCAGCGAGUAAGCAAUUGAACAGUCAUGUCAGCUAAAGCCAUAUCUGAGCAGACUGGUAAAGAAUUCCUUUACAAGUUCAUCUGUACAAAGGCUGCAAUCCAGAACAGGUUCAAAUAUGCUAGACUGCGACCUGAAACUGACUGGGGCCUCCUCAUCCAAGAGCAUCCUUGGCUCCAGACUGAGCGUCUAGUGGUGAAGCCAGACCAACUGAUCAAGCGCCGUGGUAAAUUGGGCCUGAUCGGGGUGAACCUGGAUUUGACCGAAGUGAAGGAAUGGUUACAGCCACGGAUGGGGCAAGAGACGACGGUUGGACGUGCAAAGGGUGUCCUCAAAAACUUUCUGAUUGAGCCCUUUGUACCUCACAAACAGGAGGAAGAAUUUUAUGUGUGCAUCUAUGCUGCACGGGAAGGUGACUACGUGCUGUUUCAUCAUGAGGGUGGAGUGGAUGUUGGUGAUGUUGACUCUAAAGCCUGCAAAUUGCUUGUAGAAGUUGAUGGAAAGCUGAGCGAGCAGGAUGUCUGUGACCACCUGUUGCAGCAUGCUCCUCUAAACAAGAAAAGCAUUUUGGCAUCUUUUAUUGUUGGACUUUUCACACUGUAUGAGGAUCUCUUCUUUACCUAUCUGGAGAUUAAUCCAUUAGUUGUAACAGAUGCUGGAGUAUUUGUUUUGGAUAUGGCAGCAAAGAUAGAUGCCACAGCCGAUUACAUCUGCAAAGGUAAAUGGGGAGAUGUGGAUUUCCCACCACCAUUUGGAAGAGAAGCUUAUCCUGAGGAAGCUUAUAUUGCUGAUCUUGAUGCAAAGAGUGGAGCCAGUUUGAAGCUGACCAUCCUCAACCCCAAGGGGAGGAUCUGGACAAUGGUGGCUGGAGGAGGUGCUUCUGUUGUGUACAGUGACACAAUCUGUGACCUUGGUGGGGUGAAUGAACUAGCAAAUUACGGCGAGUACUCUGGUGCCCCGAGUGAGCAACAGACCUACGACUAUGCUAAGACCAUUCUGUCUCUAAUGACAAGGGAGCAGCAUCCAGAAGGAAAAAUCCUAAUUAUUGGAGGCAGCAUUGCUAACUUCACAAAUGUAGCUGCAACAUUUAAGGGCAUAGUACGUGCAAUCAAGGACUACCAGACCCCUCUGCAGAAUCAUAAUGUCUCUAUUUUUGUCAGAAGGGGUGGACCCAAUUACCAAGAGGGACUCCGUGUCAUGGGUGAAGUCGGAAAGACAACUGGAAUUCCGAUCUAUGUUUUUGGGACAGAAACACACAUGACUGCAAUUGUUGGAAUGGCACUGGGCCAGCGAAGCAUUCCUGACCAGCCGCCCAUGGCUGCCCACACUGCCAAUUUCCUGCUCAAUGCCAGUGGCAGUCCCUCGACUCCAGCCACUAGCAGAACAGCUUCUUUCUCUGAAUCAAAAUCUGAGGAUGCAAGUAGAACAUCAAUGAGUAUCAAGUGUAAUGUCCCAUGGGAAGGAAAGGCAAAGCAAGAAAAGACAAGAGGUAAAGCCACCACUCUGUUCAGUCGCCACACCAAGUCCAUUAUCUGGGGGAUGCAAACCAGAGCUGUGCAAGGAAUGUUGGACUUCGACUAUGUCUGUUCACGGGAUGAGCCAUCUGUUUCAGCCAUGGUUUACCCCUUCACUGGUGACCACAAGCAGAAGUUCUAUUGGGGUCAUAAAGAAAUCCUCAUUCCUGUCUACAAGAACAUGGCUGAUGCCCUGAAGAAGCAUCCAGAGGUGGAUGUUCUCAUUAACUUUGCCUCCUUGCGCUCGGCGUAUGACAGCACCGUGGAAACCAUGAGCUUCCCCCAGAUUCGGACAAUUGCCAUCAUCGCUGAAGGUAUCCCUGAAGCAUUGACAAGGCGAUUAAUCAAGAUGGCAGAUGAGAAAGGUGUCACCAUCAUUGGGCCAGCUACGGUAGGUGGCAUCAAGCCAGGCUGCUAUAAGAUUGGCAACACAGGGGGAAUGCUGGAUAAUAUCCUGGCCUCUAAGCUAUAUCGUCCUGGCAGUGUGGCAUACGUGUCUCGGUCAGGUGGAAUGUCAAAUGAGCUCAACAACAUCAUCUCCAGAACCACCGAUGGGGUCUAUGAAGGAGUUGCUAUUGGCGGUGAUCGAUACCCAGGAUCCACCUUCAUGGACCACGUCUUGCGUUACCAGGACACACCUGGAGUUAAAAUGAUUGUUGUCCUUGGUGAGAUUGGCGGAACUGAGGAGUACAAGAUCUGUACAGGGAUUAAAGAAGGGCGAAUUACAAAACCUGUUGUUAUUUGGUGCAUUGGUACUUGUGCGACAAUGUUUGCCUCUGAGGUACAGUUUGGUCACGCUGGUGCCUGUGCUAAUGAAAAUUCUGAAACAGCAGUGGCAAAGAACCAGGCUCUGAGGGAGAUUGGGGCCAUUGUACCAAGGAACUUCGAUGAGCUGGGAGAGGUCAUCAAGUCCGUUUAUGAUGACCUUGUUGCUAAGGGUGUGAUAGUGCCUGCACAAGAAGUUCCCCCUCCAACAGUGCCAAUGGACUACUCCUGGGCAAGAGAGUUGGGUUUGAUUCGAAAACCAGCUUCCUUCAUGACCAGCAUUUGUGAUGAGAGGGGCCAGGAACUGAUCUAUGCUGGAAUGCCCAUCACCGAAAUCUUCAAGGAGGACAUGGGCCUAGGAGGUGUCCUAGGUUUGCUCUGGUUCCAAAGAAGGUUACCAAAACAUGCCUGUCACUUUAUCGAGAUGUGCCUGAUGGUGACAGCAGACCAUGGACCAGCCGUCUCUGGAGCUCACAAUGCUAUUGUGUGUGCCCGAGCAGGGAAAGACCUGAUCUCUAGCCUCACAUCUGGCCUUCUUACUAUUGGUGACCGAUUUGGAGGUGCUUUAGAUGCAGCCGCCAAGCAGUUCAGCAAAGCCUUCGACAGCGGUCUCAUUGCAAUGGACUUUGUCAAUAAGAUGAAAAAAGAAGGGAGGCUGAUUAUGGGGAUUGGGCACCGGGUGAAAUCGAUUAAUAAUCCAGACAUGAGAGUGCAGAUACUAAAGGAUUUUGUGAAGCAACAUUUCCCAGCUACACCUCUCCUCGACUACGCACUUGAAGUGGAGAAGAUUACUACCUCCAAGAAACCAAAUCUUAUCCUGAAUGUUGAUGGUUUUAUUGGUGUUGCUAUGGUAGAUUUACUAAGAAACUGUGGUGCAUUUACAAGGGAGGAAGCAGAUGAGUAUGUGGAGAUUGGCGCUCUGAAUGGAAUCUUCGUUCUAGGACGGAGUAUGGGUUUUAUUGGACACUAUCUGGAUCAAAAGCGUUUGAAGCAAGGACUCUACCGACACCCAUGGGAUGAUAUCUCGUAUGUUUUACCAGAGCACAUGACCAUGUGAACAUUGGGGUAGCCAGGAAGGGGUCUUGGUGCAGAAACAUCUCCCCAAUCCCAUUCAGCCCACCCCAAAAGAUGUCUUUUACAUUGCUUUUCUUUGCACUGAAAUUCUUCGUAGGAGAGGAGCAGAAAGGAGGAGGGGAAUCACUUGCAUCUCUAUAAAUUGUACAAAAGGUGUGCUUCACAGAAGGUUGAUGCAGCUCUUUUUAAAAACCAAUUGUGUACACAUGAUGCUGUUGAAUCCAUUAGGAAACAGGUGUACCUGAUGCCUGACUGGGUGUGAGUGUAUGCGAAGUGCACAACAUUUGGUAAUCUGUCGUAUGGUAUAAAGUGAGCAAAGAAUCAGUGUCGUCAGGAGUCCUUUAUCCGCAAUGCCAUUGCAGAAUACAGCAGAACCCAAAUAGAAUUGUUCUUAAGUUAUUUUCAUGGAAGUAUCCUAAAGGAUUCCUCAUUACUAUUGCAAUAUUUAACUGUAUUGGGCCAAAUCUCAGAUCAAAUGGGAUGUUUUUCUUGAGCCAUAAACAGGGUAUCCAGGGUGUGGAUUGUCUAGCCACUCCCAGCUGAUGGUAUGAAGCAGCCAGCGGUAGGUGUGUUCAGAUUGUAAUUUGAGCCAUAUGUAACUUGCAUAUCCCCAUUAUCUACCUGGGGAAAGCAUUGGGAUCUCACUUUGCAUUUGCCUUUGUGUAUUUUGUUUCUUCUGCUGGUCCAUUGCAUCUAAUCCUGUGGGCCUAUGGGCAGUCCUGGGUACUUUUGCUGCGCUGUGGCUGAAUUGCUUUGUGAGAUCUGUUGGUGUCAGCAACUUCAUGUUUACAUGUUAAUAGAAUUUGAAUUUAACCUAAACGUUUUGGUUGUUAAUAACCAAUAAAUAUUUAACAUGUUUGCAGGAUGUUCCUUUGUUUGCUAUUUUAUGCAGAUAUUGAUCAUUUCAUUUUGUGCAGCUAAACAUCUCCACUGAGAUACUGAACAGUGAAAUGUUCUGCACGUGUUUGCUGAUAGUGCUGCGAGUGGUUUUUCAGGCUUGCAUAUGGCUCAAGUGACCAACAAAGACCUGUUUUGUUGUUCACUGGGGCAAUCAAAUCGGUUCAGCCAGAGUGAUAAUGACUUCUCUCUGGGAUCUGCUGUACAACUUCAAUGUCAUUUCAUCUGAAUCCUUUGCUGUAUGUAAAUUCCAUAUAUUGUAGUAACUGUGCUAAUGUGAGAUUAUUUAAGGAACCAAUUGUACUGAAUCUCUGUCUGCUCCGUGUGAUUUAUGAAUUGCCAGACUUGCUUUAAAAUUAGGAGAUUGGGAAUGAAAUGAAAUUUCCGUUAAGGAACAACAGGGAAGGAAUGGUCCUUAAUCAUUUAAAAUUGUCUGUCUUCAAAUGUAAACCUUUACUGUUGUCAUAUGCACUGUCUGUUUUCUGCAACCCCAAGGAUACCAUGCCUCAACCGAUAACCCCAAAGUGUAUCUGUAUCUUAGUAUAAAUUAAAGUAAGUAACUUAUUGGG